GGCAGGUGAGGGGCGCGCGGCGCGGCGGGGAGCGCGCGCUGUCCCCGGCGCGGCCGCGGGGACCGGGACCGGAAUCGGGACCGGGAUCGGGAUCGGGACCUCCAACCCAGCCCAGCCCAGCCCAGCGCAGCCCAGUCCUGCCCUAGCACCCCCCACCCUUCGCCACCUUCCCCUUCGCCACCUUCCCCUUCGCCACCUUCCCCUUCGCCACCUUCCCCUUCGCCACCUUCCCCUUCGCGGUUCUGUCGUGGGGCGGCCGCGGUACGGUCUGUCCGGGGCCCGCGGCAACACCGAGAGGGCCGGUGGAGGACCGGGGGUGUCCCUACGGUGUUCCUGCGGCGUAGCGUGGAGCGGAACAGCUUCGGAGGUCACUGGGAAGAAAACUAAAAGCAGAUCAUACCUGAGAUCUACUCUGCAGUCUGGCUUCUUGGCUCUGGUAAUACCAGGCACAAUGGCUACAGUAGCCCAGAAGCACUUUUUGGAAGGGCAGCCAUACUCGGUUCCCCUGAUCCAACCAGACUUGCGCAGGGAGGAGGCUGUUCUGCAGGUGGCUGAUGCACUUCAGUAUCUGCAAAAGGUGUCGGGUGAUAUCUUCAACAGGAUCUCACAGCGGGUGGAGGCAAGCCGGGCACAGCUUCAGGCAAUUGGCGAGAGAGUCACGCUCGCCCAAGCCAAGAUUGAGAAGAUAAAGGGCAGCAAGAAGGCUAUUAAGGUAUUUUCCAGUGCCAAGUAUCCAGCCCCUGAACGGCUGCAGGAGUACAGUUCCAUUUUUGCUGGUGCAGAAGACCCAGCUAAUCAGAAAUGGCCAAGACACAAGAUUCAGAGCAAACACCGCACGCUGGAUGAGAAAGCUCUGCAGGAAAAGCUCAAGUACUUCCCCAUUUGUGUGAGCACCAAAAUUCACCAGGAGGAUGAUGCAGAAGAAGGCCUUGGCAGCCUCCCCAGGAACAUCAGCUCCCUCAGUUCCCUGCUGCUCUUCAAUACCACUGAGAACUUGUACAAGAAGUAUGUUUUCCUGGAUCCUCUGGCUGGAGCAGUGACCAAGACCCAUGUGGCUCUGGAAACAGAGACAGAAGAGAAGCUCUUUGAUGCUCCUCUCUCCAUCACCAAAAGGGGACAGCUGGACCAACAGGUAGCUGAAAAUUACUUCUACGUGCCAGAUCUGGGCCAGGUCCCUGAGAUUGAUGUGCCAUCCUACUUGCCAGACCUGCCUGGCAUUGCUGCUGACCUCAUGUACAGCGCUGACCUGGGCCCCGGCAUCGCCCCGUCUGCCCCGAGCAGUGCUAUUCCUGAGCUGCCCACUUUCAACACCGAAUCAGUGGAGCCUUUGCAACCAGAUCUUCAAGACACUGAGCUACUGCCGCCUCCUCCACCACCCCCUCCACCACCACCUCCUGUGAUGCCAACUGCUGUGCCUCCACCACCACCCCUGCCCCAGCCCACAGCCCCCUCUGAGCCAGCCCGGGCAGCAACUGAGGAGAGCAGCAACACAGUGCCUGCAGCUUCAGUCCAGGGAGCCCCAAAGGAGGUGGUGAACCCCUCCAUUGGGCGUGCCAGUCUCCUGGAGUCCAUCCGCCAGGCUGGUGGCAUUGGGAAGGCCAACCUCCGCAGUGUCAAGGAGAGGAAGCUGGAGAAGAAGAAGCAGAAGGAACAAGAACAAGUGAGAGCUACAGGACAAGGUGGUGAUUUGAUGUCAGACCUCUUCAACAAACUGGUGCUGAGGCGGAAAGGUAUUUCAGGAAAAGGGCCAGGAACCUCUGGAAAUCCUGAUGCUCCUGGAAGUCCUGCUGGUGCCUUUGCACGUAUGUCGGACUCAAUACCACCCCUCCCACCCCCACAACAGCCUGUGGGGGAUGAGGAUGAGGAUGAGUGGGAGUCAUAGAUGGGGUCAGUUGAGCAUCAGUGUGGAUCCCAGGACUCCUGAACUAAGCACUUUUGAGACACCAGCCUGUGGAAUGAUCUCCUGGAGGGUGGGUACUGACAUGGCAGGGGGACCUUCUGAUUUUUUCUUUUGAAGAGAAGGAGCAACAGGACCCACCCCUGCUGUGGUUCCAGUUACCACUGUUUUGGAUUUUUUUUCUGGUUUUGGUUAUUCUCCACCAUGAGUACCACAUUCCAUCUUAAACGCUGCUGCUCAUGGUGGCACAAUAAAUCUUGCCCUAUCGGGUAGGCAGUGGCACAGCCUGUGCUCAGACUGUCUGAACUAGCAUUGCUCCUGAUCUAAAGGGCCCUCAGUCUUUCCUAAUGUGAGUGGUGGUGACUGCAAAGGCAUCUCCUGUAGGCAAACAGCCCUUGCCUCAUUCAUCUCCCUGCUGCUUGCUUGCUGAAGCUCCCAUUUGCUUGGCUGGUGCCAGAAGAGAGAAGGAUGUGCACAUCUCUUCUUGUGGAUCUAAUUCCUGGUGCCUCUGAACACCAUGGUUUCUUUUUCUACCUGGCUCAUGGUAAUUCUCUGCCUGUUACUGUCUGAAAAACUUUAAUAAAGUUGAAGGAAGAAGGUCUUUGCAGCCUUCGUUCUGGCAAA